AUGUUCAAUUCACUACCAUCAAUCCUGUUUACCGUUCGGAACAUCGUAUACGGGAGCGGUCAAGGGCUACAAUCCGCUCCGGAUCCCAUCAUGGGUUCUAUGAUCCACCCAAUCCAAGCAAGACCAAAUAUGUCCGCAUUCUUGUUAGCCAUUAGCGGCAGCAGUGUCAACGGCAGCUCCGACGACUGUUAUCAUCCGGACCUACCAAAUACUGCUCGAGGACAAAAGGAUUUCCCUGGAGAAAGAUUGUCCGGAAGCCAUGGAGUAAUAACUGGAGCCACUGAUGGAAUCGGAAAAGCCUACGCUAAAGCUCUCGCCAAGAAGGGCAUCAACGUGAUACUGGUGAGCCGAACUCUGUCCAAGUUAGAAGACGUUGCCAAAGAAAUUGAAACUGAGUCCAAAGUCCAGACCAAGAUCAUUGCCGUUGAUUUCACUUCCGGUCCAUCGAUCUAUGACGAAAUCCGGAAGCAAACGGCAGGACUCGAAAUCGGCAUCCUCGUAAAUAAUGUUGGUAUUAGCUAUCCCAACCCGGAGUACUUCCUCAACAUUCAGGAGCAGGACAAGCUGAUCGAGAAUUUGAUCAACUGCAACAUCUUCUCGGUGACCCGGAUGUGUCAGCUGUUUAUGCCCGGAAUGGUGGAGCGUCGCAAGGGUGUCGUCAUCAACAUCUCAUCACUCUCGGCAAUUAUCGCGGCCCCUCUGCUUACCGUUUACGCCGCUUCGAAAGCCUUCAUGGACAAAUUCAGCGACGAUCUGGCAACGGAAUAUGCGAAGCAUGGCAUCAUCGUGCAGUCCAUCUUGCCCGGCCCGGUUGCAACCAACAUGUCCAAAAUUAGGAGAUCCACGUGGAUGGCCUGCUCCCCGAAAACAUUCGCAUCGAAUGCUCUCAACACACUGGGAAUCGCCCGUCACUCAACCGGAUACUAUCCACAUGCCCUGUUCCAACUGGGUAUCGAUUUUCUAGCCAUGAUCUCUCCGUCGGUUUCCCGGAAGCUGACCCUCAAAACGAUGGAAAACAUCCGGGCGAGGGCGAUAAAAAAGGCCGCCGGCCCCCAAAAGCAGGAUACCAAAUAGACUCGUUCAGUUUACUGUACUACCGAAUUUCUCAUGAAAAAAAAUUAUCAGGUUUUUCCAACAUUUGAAUUUCUACUUCACUCUCUUCAAUCUGAAGCUAAAAACUAGAACUUUGCUCACGAAUGUUAGAUUUCAAUUGGCAUAUUCCGCAAUGUGUGGUCGUAGCUUCGAAAAUAACUGUUGAUACAGAGAAACUGGGAACUGUAACUAAUUCCUCUAUUUAUUCAUAAUACAAUUCGCUACGUUCUGCAACUUAUUUCCAAAUAUUCGGAAAAUGGCAUUUGUUAGAGGUUAUGAUAUUAAUGUAUAAGUAGUGAGAAGUAAAAACUACUCGAGAUAGUCAUAGUAAAUUCAAUAAAAACCAGUCUACAAUACUUGACAAA